CGUCCUUGUUCUGUUUAGUGCAGCUAUGAUUCGGCUCAAAAACAUGGAGUCAUUUAAAUGAUUUGCCUUUCAUGAAACACCAAAUUUUUGCAAGCUUUAAAAUGCUAUUAAAACCAGCGCUGUUUUGUAUGCGAAUUGACAACAUUGUUGUACAAUGAAGUUGUAAACACGUUUCCAGUACGUUUUAUUUUGUAACAUUUUUUACUACUCAACUAUUAAUUUACCAUCUUAAUCCAUCAGUCAAAUCCUCCAUUCACUCCAAAUCAGACAUUAUAAAUGUAAACAUUCAGUAUUACGCCACUUCCUGUUUAAUUUACCCGCGCGGGUAACAUCUUCAGGUUGAAUGUGAUGACCGUUGAAAUUCUCCAAGAAGGCGAUGUUGUGUGUCUCCAGAAGUUGUGCUGUAAGGCCCCUCCUCCACCUAGACCGGAGUAUGAUGUUAUGUGCAUUGGACUGAGCGGUGCCGGCAAGACCAGUCUGCUAUCUCGCUUGUGCAAUGAGAUCAGUGAUGGCACGGUACCAACCACAGGUUUCAGCAUCAAGGCAGUGCCAUUCGAAAAUGUGAUACUGAAUGUGAAGGAACUAGGAGGAGCUGAGACCAUCAAGAAAUACUGGAGCCGAUAUUAUCAAGGUUCCCAAGGUGUGGUGUUUGUCCUCAACAGUGCCGCAUCAGACGAAGAGAUGGAGGCGUCCCGGUCUGAGCUUCUCUCGGCCAUGCAGCAUCCUCAGCUGUGCACCCUUCCUUUCCUCAUUCUCGCCAACCACCAGGAUUCACCAGCUGCCCGCUCUGUAUCGGAGAUUCAGAAGUACUUUGAAUUGCAGCCGCUGGCCCGAGGGAAGCGCUGGAUUCUUGCAGGCAGCACAACGAACAACAUGGAGGCCGUGAAGGAAAGUUUCAGUCAACUCAUCCGCCUUUUGGAAGAGAAGGAGAUGCUACCUAGCAGGAUAUGAUUCAAUCAAACUUCAAAGUGGAAAGUGGGUUUGAAGUGUUGUUUGCUAGAAGGCUUUUUUUUUUUGACUUCUUUGUCGUUGUUUUAUAACCCACUGGAGACAUAGAUGCAAAUUGCCACAUGUUUUGAUGAGCUGACUGACAUAUUUGUUACCCUCAGGUCAAGGGCCACACAUAUGCUGAUUUAGUAGCAGGUGAACCAAAGUCCUUUAAAGAGAUCAGGUUUUUACCAUUAUUUGUAAAUGUAAUUUGCUAUUUGAUAACCUAUUUGUCGUUUAUUAGUUGGUUGUCAUGUGGUGUGAGUGUGGAAUUUAUGUAAAUAAUAUAUUGUACAUGCAUAUAUACAUA